UCGUAAAAUAAUUGCAUUGUAUGUAUAUUUGGUUGAUCUUUCGAACGUGUAUAUAGUGAAACCACAAUGUCUGUGUUCUUCGUGAAUGCUAACCAAGAUAGCGAAGUCGAAGGAGAUUCCAAUGGUGAUUUACAAAUUGCAUCACCAGGCAGCUCCGAAGCCCAACAAAAUUUAAUACAAUUUUGGCCAAAAGUUACAGAAGAAAUAAAAAAGAUUAGAUCGAUAGAUCAAAAGACACAAUCUCUACCAUUGGCGAGGAUAAAAAAAAUAAUGAAAUUGGACGGAGAUGUUAAAAUGAUAAGCGCGGAGGCUCCAAUGCUUUUUUCUAAAGCAGCUGAAAUCUUUAUUCACGAGUUAACUCUUAGAGCAUGGGUUCACACGGAAGACAAUAAAAGAAGAACUCUUCAACGAAACGAUAUUGCAAUGGCAAUAACUAAAUAUGAUCAGUUUGAUUUUCUUAUCGAUAUUGUUCCUAGAGACGAACUUAAACAAAGCAAAGCGCAAUCAGAAAGCACAGUGCGCACAUCUAUGAACUCGGAUCAAGUUCAUUAUUACUUUCAAUUGGCACAGCAGCAAGCAUCGGCAAAUCAAAAUGUACAAAAUAAUGGUACGGGUACCCAACCUAUACAAAUUAUACAACCCACCACUGGGCAAUUACAAACAAUAAACAUUGGCAGUCCAGUUGAACAGGAGACAUCUAACACGAGUACGACUCAAACCGUUACUGUGCAGAGUCCUCAACAGUCUUCGGGUCAACAAAUAAUCCAAUUACAACAGGCGCAACAAACUCCAACUUCUCAGACUGGAGGGAUUCAAAUAGUACAACAAAUUGUUACUCCCACAGGAGAAAUUCAACAAAUACCUAUUCAGUUGACUCCUCAACAACUACAAAUGAUACGCAUGCAGGUUCAAGGAGGUAGCAAUCAACCUAUCAUAAUUCAAACUGCUCCCAUUCAAACACAACCUCAGCUCAUACAAGUCGCGCAAGGUGCACAAGCACCAGUUUUCUUACAAACCAGUGCUGCUGAUAACGAGUAACACAGUAAAUUAUAAACUUUCUAGGAAAUGAUUGAUUAACACAUUAAAUGAUGUUACAUAAGAAA